AUGACUAAGUUAGAUUUUUAUCGCUUGAUUGGAUUUUUGUUUUAUGGAUCGUUGGUUAGAUUACCAUGUAAAUCAGAUUAUUGGACGGCUACAUGCGGGCUUGAAACAGUAACCAAAAGUAUUACAAGAGAUAGAGUGGAUGAAUUAUUACGUUCACUUCAUUUCAAUGAUAACGUUCUUCAAGUACACGUUAUUGAUAAAAUACAACCAUUAAUCAAUCUAUUCAAUGAUCAAUGUGGUUCGAUAGUAAAUCCCGAAAAAAUUAUUUCGGUUGAUGAACAAAUGGUCGGUUACAAAGGUAAAUCAGCUCCCAAAUCACUAAAACAAUAUAUGCCUCAAAAACCUACACAACGAGGUUUCAAGUUUUGGUCAAUGUGUGGUAGUUCUUCUUACACAUAUCGUGUUAAAUUAUAUCAAGGUGCAAAUGAAUUGAAACCUGUAGUACAAACAAUAUCUUCAUCAUCACUUCCUCGAACAACUACCAAUUUAUAUGUUCGACACGUUCAUCAUUUCAAAAUGAUGAUAAUCAGGAAAAAUUAG